AAAAAUAAUAUAGCAUUAUUUAUCACAAAAAAAUAAGUAUAUUUUAUAAAAAAGAUUAGAAAUAAAAAAAAUGAUUAAAAAAUAUUAUGAAGAUAAAGAUAAACAUCAUGAUGAAAUAACAGAAACUUUAUAUGAAAGUUCAGAAGAUAUAAUGAAAUCUAUUUUUCCAUUUACAGAUACAGAUGGACAUGAAAAUUUAGGAGAAUCAUCAUCAACACAUCUUUUACAUAAAAAUAAUAAUAAAAAAGAAGAAUCAUCAUUAGAAUUUGAAAAUAAAGAAGAAAAUGAGGGGAUGCAAGUAAAGGACAAAAAUAAAACACGAAAGCCAUAUAGGAGUUCUUUUGCAUUAAGAUUUUUGCCUCGAUAUACACCUAAACUUAAUCAAAAUGAUGGUGUUUUUGCAAAUUUAAAUGCUAAGCCAGAUAUAUCAAAACAAAUGAAAGAAGAGUUUCCUCCAUCAUAUGAGCAAGCAGCAGCGGAUGCAACGCCAUCAUAUUGGGAAAAUACAAUGAUCGCACCUGGUAUAUCGGCAGACGAAGUAUUUAUUGAUGGUCUUCCUGUAGGGAAUAUUUUUGGCUUUUUAUGGAAUAUGCUAAUAUCUUUUUCUUUUCAAUUUAUUGGAUUUCUUUUAACAUAUCUACUUCAUACGACCCAUGCAGCAAAAAAUGGUUCAAAAGCGGGCCUCGGAACAACUCUUAUUCAAUAUGGAUUUUAUAUGCGAUCUAUCAAAGAUAAUAUAUUCGAUCAAGACAAUUCUGAUGCUAAUUCUGAAAACGAUAAUCAAGCAUAUCAAAAUGACUCUUUAGAUCAUAUUAUUGUUUCUUAUCUUUUAAUGAUUACUGGCUGGUUUCUUUUAAUUCGUUCUACUACAGAUUUCCUAAAAGCAAGACGUAUUGAAAUGUGUGUCAAAGAAACUUCUUCAUCUUCAGAUACACCCCAAGCAUCACAAACAGAAACACCUGAAGUAGUUGUAUAAAUCUUUUUUCAAUCCUUUGGCAUCCUUUCAAUUCUUUCAAUUUCUACAUGUUUCAUUAUAAUCGGAAUUUACAAAAUCCUAAUUAUAAUUAAUCAUGCACUAUAUUUUAUCUAUUUAUUUGUAUUAUAUAUUUUUUCAUC